GUCACCAGAGUACUGGAGAGAACAAGAGCAACAGGCAACACAACACCGCCACCACUGGAAGCAGGAGAAGCAGAGUGAACCAGAUAUAAGAAAUGUGUAAAUUUAUCGGAAGGCGAGAACGAAAGGUGAGCGUGGGAGAGUGGCAGCUGAAGGAUGGAGAGAGUGAGAGAGAGGGAGAGAGCCAGACACAAGUGGCGUGGGAGUUCCACAACAGCUCCGAGUAUCACAAAAUGUGGACGUGUUUAUCCUGCUGCCUCCUCCUGCUUCAUGCUUUGUCCUUGGAGGCGUCGGAACUGAGGCAGGGACCCCGGGAGCCGCCACACCUGAGGCAGGGACCCCGGGAGCCGCCACACCUGAGGCAGGGACCCAGGGAGCCGCCACACCUGAGGCAGGGACCCCGGGAGCCGCCACACCUGAGGCAGGGACCCCGGGAGCCGCCACAACUGAGGCAGGGACCCCGGGAGCCGCCACACCUGAGGCAGGGACCCCGGGAGCCGCCAUACCUGAAGCAGGGACCCAGGGAACCACCACACCUGAAGCAGGGACCCAGGGAGCCACCACACCUGAAGCAGGGGCCCAGGGAGCCGCCACAACUGAGGCAGGGACCCCGGGAGCCGCCACACCUGAAGCAGGGACCCAGGGAGCCACCACACCUGAAGCAGGGGCCCAGGGAGCCGCCACAACUGAGGCAGGGACCCCGGGAGCCACCACACCUGAAGCAGGGACCCAGGGAGCCACCACACCUGAAGCAGGGGCCCAGGGAGCCGCCACACCUGAAGCAGGGACCCAGGGAGCCACCACACCUGAAGCAGGGGCCCAGGGAGCCGCCACAACGGCAAGUCCAUAUCAUCGGGGGUGACGACGCCGCUCCGGGCGAGUUCCCCCACCAGGUGUCUGUGCAGACGGAAAGUUUCCUGGGACCUGUGCACGUGUGCGGGGGCACCAUCAUCUCUAACGACUACAUCCUUACGACUGCACACUGCGUCAGUAGGUUCGAGCCCAACACGGUGCGUAUCGUGGCAGGCAUCAUCGACCUUAAGGACCCCGGCGGGCAGGUGUCGCAUGCCAAGACCUUCAUCCCCCACGAGUCCUACAACCCCAUCACCAACGCUAAUGACAUCCUCCUUAUCAAGCUGGAGGAGAAGCUGGUGUUUGGGGAGCUGGUGAAGCCGCUUGGGCUGCCUCCCAGUGGGGAGACGGUGCCAGAGGACACUGUCUGCACGGUGAUAGGAUGGGGCGCCACCAUCCACAAUGGCAACAGCAAUAACAAACUGCAGAAGGUGGACGUCGCCGUGGUGUCGGAUGAGACUUGUAGGCUGUCGUACGGCCAGGAGGCAGUGGAGCCUAGCAUGAUGUGUGCCGGUUGGUCCGACGGCCACGCCGACGCCUGCCAAGGGGACAGGGGCGGCCCGCUCCUGUGCUGGGGACGCCUGCAUGGUUUGUCCUCGUGGGGGGAAGAUUGUGGCAACCCUUUUUACCCGGGCGUGUAUACUGAGGUGGCUUACUUCAGAGACUGGAUUAUCAUACACGCUUCAGCGAUGGAUCAUUAACACGUCACACACUCCUAGAUACUUCUCGCACUCCUAAACACACUAAGAAACCUACUUAGGCCUACUGAGGUCACACUAGGCCAACAACUGACCCUCCCCAGGUCAGUUGUUACCACCCAUAACAACGGCAACAAGCAAUCACAAUGGCUGCUGCAGCAAUCACAACAGCUGCUGCAACAAUCAGGCGCUACAGCUGCAACAAUCACAACAGCUGCUGCAACAAUCAGGCGCUACAGCUGCAACAAUCACAACAGCUGCUGCAACAAUCAGUCACAACAGCUGCAACAAUCACAACAGCUGCCCAACUCCCAGGAACCUAUUUAUUUCUUUAAGAAAGUGUUGUGGUGUGGCAAUAGGCUCGCUCAGUGCCCAGCGAGCGAUUAUUUACCCAGUGUUGGCAACUUGGUUGUAAUAAUUUAAUAAUAUUUAUAAAUUAUUUUAAUUAUCAUUCAAUUAUGCAGGCGAUGAGUCACAAUAACGUGGCUGGAGUAUGUUGACCAGACCACACACUAGAAGGUGAAGGGAC